AUGAUUUCUCGAAAUCGCUCCGGUCGGCGCAGAAGUGCUGCUCUAGCCUUCGUCGUUGUAACUGUUCUCGUCCUCAACUACGCAGGCCUCUUGUCAUUACCGUUCAGUUUCGAAGAACCCCCACAACCCGAUCGCCCGGACUUUUAUCAUACACCACCAUGUUCCCCAACUCUCGAUCAUCUACGACGCCCCUCGUACGGCCUAACGAGAGACAUUAUAUACCAGAAGCGCUGCAUCCGCCCUGUCGUAGACAAGAAGCUUGAUAGCCAAGUUGUAUCGCAGAACCCUGAUGCCUUGAUCAAGAGCGGCCAAAUCGUUCAACUUGACCAGGCUUGUGAAGGAUGGACCGAAUCGACUUGCGAACCAGUCACUCUCAAGGUACCUCCGCCGUACCCUCAGCAGGACUACUCUGGAUUCUUGUUUGGUGUUGCAACAAGUCUUGAUCGAUUGAACGAAUCCAUGUCGCAGUUUGAGAGUUGGCUCGGGAAUACACAUGCGCAAUUACUUGCGGUUAUCACCGAUCCCGGCGACGAGUCCAAGUACAAACAAGUCACUGAGCAGUUCCGUCAGCGCGGGAUCGAACUCAGCAUCAAGGAUCCAUGGAACAAGGCCAUCACAUCCAACGAGCAGCACUUUGCAAUCGUCCGCGAUCUUCUGGCGCACGCUACUCCAAAGACGCAGUGGACUGCCAUUGUCGACGACGAUACCUUCUUUCCUUCCUUGUAUCCCAUGAGCAAGAUUCUAGGCAAAUAUGACCACAAGCUUCCAGCAUACGUGGGUGGGUUGUCGGAGAACUACGAUGCAGUCAAACACCAUGGCUACAUGGGUUUUGGAGGAGCAGGAAUCUUCCUCAGCCCAGCCCUUCUUCGCGAGCUUGACCCUCAUCUGGAGGAAUGCCUCAAAGUUGAUCAUGUGCCUCAAGGCGAUGGUCUUCUCAAGCAAUGCAUCUACAGCAAGACCAAGACAAAGCUCACUGUUGUAAAAGGGCUUCACCAGUUGGAUAUGGGCGGAGACAUGAGCGGUUUCUAUGAGUCCGGUCGUCUGCCAAUGACUUUGCAUCACUGGAAGUCGUGGCACCAGGCCCCUGUUGACAAGAUGGUCAAGAUCUCCGAAUUUUGUGGAAGUUGUUUCCUGCAACGCUUCGCUUUUGGCUCCGACACUGUUUUGACAAAUGGAUACAGCAUAGUCCGAUACUCUGCAGGCUUGGAAAGUGUGGACUUGAACAAGAUGGAAGGAAGCUGGGAGGGCGCUGAAGGUUUCGACUGGAGUCUGAGCCCAAUGAGAUCGAAGAUGGAUCGUCGCUUGAAGAAGAGCUAUUAUCUAGUCGAUACCGAAGUGGUUGGCAAGAAUAUUCGGCAAAUUUACAUUCACCGUCUCGAGGAUGAUAUCCCCGGCCCGGACGAGAAAUCUAAAGGCCCCAGGAAGACGCCACCCAAGAUCGAAGAGAUGAAGGAUGAAGUGAUAGAACUGAUGUGGGAAUUAUGA